UCGUCUUUUUAUCCAUUUGAUGGUACUGUCCACUGUCGCCCCCUGUCUCACUAUCCACAGAAUUGAAAACACCGUUUUUUAAGAAAAAGAGCCAAUUGAAACAAGCUUUCCUCGUGCCCUCAUUUGAGUGACACAAUACUGACCGCAUAACUGCGAGUUUUCAGUUUACUAGCCAAUCAUAAGUAAAGCCAGUGAACGAUGGGCGGAUCUAUGUCUUUCCAGCCAGAGGAACUAACCUUCGCUUGCAAAGCGGAAAGAAAAUGGCGGCCGUGGCUGCGGAGCCAGGAGCUGCUGCGGCAUCAACAACGGUAGGGGACGGAACCGAGUUCGAGUCGGAGGCUAAACUCCAGACGGAGGCUACGAGUGAGUGCGCAUCGGUGAUGGACCUCAUGCACAUACCCAAGGAUCAGGGUGCAGGUCCAGAAUGCCGACUGGUCAACCCCGAGACACGGGACAGGCCGGAGCAAGAAGCCGCGGGAAAAGCUUACGUCGCUUUUGCCGAGGAAGAACAAAUCGAUGCCGGUUGUCCGAUGGGUAGAGAAAGGGAGACUGAGGUCACGCCGAAAGACCCCGGGCGGGCAGACCUCCGGGGUGAGUGCGAGAGCUUUAAAGCGGAGUUUUCGCCAGUUCUUCUGGAGGUUGCAAACGAGGUCAGUGCGUACGACUCCAUCACCCGCUCACAGCCCUCUCCCACUCCCAUCUCCACUUCUGAGCCGUCGGUAGUCUUUCUACAUUCGCACUGUACACCUCUUGCACUGGAGAUGGAGUCUGGACUUGCUGCGCCGUUACUCUCUUCAGUAGAGCCGGUAGAAACUAAGACCGAGUACGCUACCAGCCACGGAUCGGAUGCAACAGCGGAGCCAACCGAGAUCGUGUGUGAAGUCCGAGCUUUAAUCAAACCACUGCUGGUCACGGAACCGCAGUCCAAACCCACAGAUGAUGCCGCUUCCCCAGAGUUGGAAAUCGGUUCGACGAAAGAUGCGGUCCUGAAAUGUUGCGAGAUCGCUGAUGACACAGACCCUCUGCCCGUAUUAGAAAAGGAGAAAGUACUCGGAACCACCGACGAAAUGAGUAACGUCAGAGACCUUUUCCCUUGCAACUCUUCCGAUCCUCCCGCAACAGCAGUGGACCAGGUACCGCCGGUUUUGGAAUCGGAGGACUUGCACGCACCUCGGCGAGUGUUUCGCGACGACUCCAGCGAAACUCUGUCCGAAUCAAAGUCCACUGUGACGGACGCAGAGAGCACCGGGCUACCGCCCGACUCAAUCGCCCAUCUCAGUCCCGGUUCUGAGGUUCGAGUCUCGCUGGAUCACAUCAUCGAUGAUGCACUGGUGGUGUCCUUUCAGCUCGGCGAGAAGAUCUUCUCAGGGGUUCUUAUGGACCUCUCCAAAAGAUUUGGACCCUACGGGAUCCCAGUCACGGUGUUUCCGCGGAGACAGGACCGGGACCGGCCGGAAUCUAUGCAGCUGAAGACGGAGCCGUUCCCGCUCGGAGUGGGGCAGGAGGGCGCGGGGGGCGGGGACUCCCCGGACAGCCCUCCCAAAGAGUGCUCCCAGAACCAUGAGGCCCCCGCCCCGCCCCCCGCCCCGACCCCGACCCCGAGCUUGUGGACCUCGAAACCCCCUCCCUUGUUCCAGGAGGGCGCCCCGUACCCCCCGCCCUUGUUCAUCAGGGACACGUACAGCCUGGCGCUACCUCAGCCCCCGCCGCGGCGGAUCAAGCGGCCCAAGCGCCGGCUGCUGCGGGAGGAGCCCACGUCCAUCAUGAGCGCCAUCCGGCUGCGCCCGCGCCAGGUGCUGUGCGACAAGUGCAAGGGCGCCGUGGCGACGGCGGGCGACCGGCGGGAGGCCCGGGGGGCGGCGGAGGAGGCCCGGCGCCGGCGAGGCGGCGAGGGCGCGGCGGCCGGCGGGAAGCGGCCGCGCUCCGAGGAGAGGGCCCGCGGCGCCGAGGGGCCCAAGCGGCAGGCCCCCGCGGUCCGGAACUCCUCGUCCUCCUCCUCCACCUCCUCCUCCUCUUCCUCCUCUGCCUCCUCGGCGGGGCAGCUGAAGGGCGGAGGCGGAGGGAACAGAGUGCCCAGGGGGGCGCCGGGAAACGCGCCCCCCCCGCCGCCGCCCGGCAACGCCAAGAAGGUGCUGCAGAGCAAGAACGUGGACCACUGCAAGGCCCGCGAGGUGCUGAAGCUGGCCAAGGCGCAGCGCCGGCAACAGCGGGAAGGGGUGGUGGUCGCCGUGGCCGACGCCAAGGCCCGGACGAGGGCCGCCGCCCUGCAGGACGCCCACCAGAAGGUCCACUUCACGCGCCGGCUGCACCGGAUCAGCGCCGGGGGCGUGGCUCGUCUGCCCGGCUCCGCCCCCCUCCCGUCCCGGAUCCGCAUCAAGCCCCAAAGGUACCGUACCGGAGAGAACCCGCCGGGCCUCCCCGUGGUGCAGGGGGGUGGCUGUGGGUCCCUGCCCGAACCUGCCCCGCCCUGCUCCUCCUCCUCCUCCUGCUCUCAGGGCAACCCCAACCCCGCCACUGCCGCUGACAAGCAGGGCUGCGCUGCAGAGCUCGAACCCGAGACCCGGCCCAGCCCCCAGAGCCAACCCCAGCCCUGUGCCAAAGCAGAAACUCGCCCCCAAGUUACAAUAGGCGAGGUGCAGGGGGGCCUGAAGGCGGAGUCAGGGGUACCAGGGAGGCGGGAGACUCGGGGAGGUAGGGCGGUCGGCCUGACGGUUUACGCGACCCUUGACCCUGUUGGCCCCGCCUCCGUGUGCAGUGUCGAUAGCGCGGACGACGUGAAGUCCUCAAAUUCGGAGUGUAGCUCCACCGAGACCUUUGUUUGCCUACCUCCCGGUACCCUGCCCCCUCCCCCCUUCCCCAGCACCUCCUCCCCGGCCUCCACGCCCUCCUCCUCCUCGUCCUCCUGGCGGGGCGGUAAGGGCGGUAAAUCCCCGGAGGCCUCGGCCUUCUCCCGAGCCCCGGACGGCUCGACCGUGCGCGUGGGGGACAUCGUCUGGGCCAAAAUCAGAGGCUUCCCCUGGUGGCCCGCUCGCGUGCAGGCCGUCGGUGGGCCCCGGGCGGGGCGGGAGGCGCGGGUGUCCUGGUUCGGGUCGCCCCCCAGCACGUCCUGCCUGCCCCUCUCGCAGCUCUCCCACUUCCUGGAGAACUUCCUGUCGCGCUUCGACAGGAAGAGGAAGGGCCCGUACCGUAGAGCCGUCGCCGAGGCCGCCAAAGCCGCCAGACGGCUCCCCCCCGAGGUGCGCGCGCUGCUCCAGACGUGAGGCGGGGCGGGGCGAGGAGGGGCGGGGCGGGGCGGGGCGGGGAGGGGAAAGAAAGGUAAGGGAAGGGUUAACCCCCCACCCUCCCUCUCGUCACACUGCCCUCCAUUGACUAAUCAGGACGGUCGAUACCCCCCGCCCAAUGGAGACAUUGCGAUACAGCAAACCCUUUGGGACUUUGAUUUUCGCCUUCAGUUUCUAAACUACCUCUGGCCUUGAGCCCCUUGAUGGGGUUUGUCAGGUUGGGGAGCUCAGUGGUGGGGUCUCCAGGAUACAGUCAGGGAGUGGAUUGAAAAGGGUGAUGUGUUUUGGGGGAAUAGGAUGGAUGCACAUCACAGUUUGGUCUGCUGGUUUUUUCAUUUGGUUAUUUUUUAUGCCCUCUUAAAACAGUGUUCAGCUGAACACGAGCGGUCAGACGCUGGUGUCUGUGGGCAGGCUGAGCUCAUGGCCCUCCCAGCCGAUCUCUUGCUGCAGUGUUGUCCGAGAGCCAUUUAUAUGGCCUUUUGGCUGGCAUGGCCUUAUUUGACACUCUCCUCAUCUGUCAGAGACCAGGAUGUCUCCAGUCCUCGGCCUUGACCUUGAUCUCGUCUGUCCUCUGCUGAACUGGCCUCUGAUUGGCUGACCUGGUCGUCCGGUGAUGCAGUACAGCCGCUCCCAGAACAGUACAUAGAGAUCUGAUGUCUGGUUGCCUUGGCAAUGCUUGAUAACAGUGUGGUCUGUUAAGAGCGUUGGGAGGGGGCGGGGAUGGUGUCAGGGGCACAGCUCGAUUGGAUCCCUCACCUGUCAGUCACGGCCUCCCUCUGCUUCCCUUUAUUCAGUGUGGCGGUUUGGCAGCAAGGCGUUGACAAUGAGCUUGAAUUGAAUUCUGCUGAAUAUUUCUGCCACAUAAUCUUCGUACUUCUCAGUUCCUAAGCUCCCCCCCCCUCCGCCUCCCUACCCAACAGGAAAGCAAACUGACAAUCGGAUCAGUGUUGCGUCUGUUCCCUGAUUUAGCUAAAAAUAAAGCUCUGUGCCACUCAGAGCCUGUCUUGUAGGUCUGCUGUGUUUUUCAUUCAUUUUACAUUUAAGUGAAGGUGUUUGCUGAUGCUGGAAACAUUAUUUUUACACGCAGGCCAUUUAUGCAUCUGGAUAUUUACUGAAGCAUUUUGGAUUCAGUUCAAGUACCUUACUCAGUGGUACAAUCACAGUGCCCCUCCUGAGAAUUCAACUGGCGCUCUCUGGAGGAAAAUGUAUUCAAGUAAUUGAUGAAAACCAAAAUAUUCGGGUUUUAGUGUUCUGCUUUCUUGCAGGUGUAGUUCGAAGCUCAAAAUCUCAACCAACAGAGAACCAGGCCACUUCCUGUUUUUAACGACACGCUGAAGCUCAAACUAGCGACGUAACCUUCCGCUGGGGCCAGAAGCUUGUGAGUUCCUGCCUUUCACAGAGACGAUUACUUCCGUAUUACCUGCUGCAUAUCAGCAUACCUGCAGUUCCACCUCUCCCUCCUGGGGCUGUUCUCCUCUCCCUCUGGGGAAGUUCUGCUCUGUGAUCUCUGAUCUUUGGGCUUGUGUUUGCGUCUCUGUAAGUGUCUCUGUGAAAGAGCGUCUGCUGAAAUGGCAGUAGAGGGAAAUGGAGCCAGCCGUUUGUUACUGUGUGAGAGUGAGGCUUGUGCGGUCAGGUUUUGGUACAGCGGCUCACAGGUGUAGGCUCUCAUGGCGAGCGUUGGGAAUAUAACGCACUGAACGCAGGAGCGGUACGAUGGCGGUACGGCUUCUGCGCAGAUGGAGUUAUGUCCUUAGGCAACCUCGACCAUCUAGAUUAUCUUUAUUUUGUAGCGAUGUGGCUACGCUCCCCCUAACACUCCCUGCCUCACCUGGCAACUCUGCUGUGACUUGAUUGGCCUUCAGGUGUCUUCUGCAAGCACUCUCACCCGGCACUCUCACCGUGCGGUUAUCCGGGUGAAUAGCCCGGCACUCUCACCGUGCGGUUAUCC